AUGGUCACAACACUUUUACUUGAAUCCUCUGUACCUUCUCGUUUAUGGUGUGAAGCACUUUCCACUUCGGUUCAUUUAAUUAAUCGUUUACCCUCUCCUACUUUAAAUCAUGCAUCUCCAUUCUUUCAGCUAUUUGGACAUUCUCCAUCUUAUUAUGAUCUUCGUACAUUUGGUUGUGUUUGUUUUUUGCAUCUUCCUGCUCAUGAGCGACAUAAACUUACUGCUCAGUCUAUUAAGUGUGCUUUCCUUGAUUAUACAGUCUCUCAACAAGGUUAUGUUUGCUAUGAUCCUCAUUCUCAACGUAUCCGUAUUUCUAAGAAUGUGGUCUUCUUUGAAAACCAAUAUUUUUUUACGUCUCACGUUGAGCCGCCUUCUACCUCUUUAUCUGUGAUGCCCAGCUUCUCUGAUUCUCCAUCUGUUAGGGCACAUUUAAACCGAGCCUUGUGUAUGCACGACAUACUCGCCAUGGAACAUGAGUGUUGGUGGCAGGCAAUGACAGCAGAACUUCAGGCACUUGAGGAGAAUCACAUGUGGGAUGUUGUGCCUUGUCCUCCUCACGAAUUUGGAGUUGAUUAUGAGACUGUUGCCCCUGUUGCCAAAAUGACCAUAGUUCGUCUAAUUCUGUCUAUUGCUGCCUCCCAGUCGUGGGACCUCCAUCAGUUGGAUGUGAAGAAUGCAUUUCUUCAUGGCGAUCUUCACAAAGAGAUUUAUAUGAAGCUUCCGUCUGGUAUGACUACUUCUUCUUCUCAUGAUGUAUGUCGACUGAGAUGUUCUCUCCAUGGGCUUAAGCAGGCCCCUCGUGCUUGGUUUGAGAAGUUUCGUAGCACCCUCAUUACCUUCGAUUUUGCAUAG